UCCGGGGGGACCGGACAUGGGGAACGCGGGGUCCGGGGGGACCGGACAUGGGGAACGCGGGGUCCGGGGGGACCGGACAUGGGGAACGCGGGGUCCGGGGGGACCGGACAUGGGGAACGCGGGGUCCGGGGGGACCGGACAUGGGGAACGCGGGGUCCGGGGAGACCGGACAUGGGGAACGCGGGGUCCGGGGAGACCGGACAUGGGGAACGCGGGGUCCGGGGAGACCGGACAUGGGGAACGCGGGGUCCGGGGAGACCGGACAUGGGGAACGCGGGGUCCGGGGAGACCGGACCGGAUAUAGUGAAUGCAGGGUCCGGGGAG